CGAAAGGGAAACACGUGGGGCGAAGCCCACACUCACUAUGCGUCCUUCAACCACCCGAUUAUUGAACAUUCUUGUCCCCGUGAAACGUGCAGUUGAUUACGCUGUGAAGAUUCGCGUAAAUCCUCAGCAGACGGGAGUUGAUUUGAAUGUCAAACAUUCUAUGAACCCUUUUGAUGAGAUUGCUAUCGAAGAAGCAGUACGAAUUCGCGAACGUCUUCCCAAAGGCUCAGAACCUGUCACUAUUACUGCCCUGACUAUCGGUCCCCCGAAAUCUGUUGAAACCCUUCGAACAGCUCUCGCCAUGGGUGCGGACGCUGCUUUCCACGUUGAAUUACCCGAAACAUCCCCUGCACCAGAGCCAUUAGGUGUUGCAAAGGCGGUUCAAGCGAUUAUUGAGAAGCAGCUGAACAGCGUGGAUAUGGUCAUUCUAGGAAAACAAUCCAUCGACGACGACCUGGGACAAACUGGGCAAAUGCUGGCUGGCUUGUUGGACUGGGGUCAAGCGACUUACGCGUCCAAAGUAGAUCUAGACUUGGAACAGAAGAACGCGGUCAUAACAAGGGAGAUUGACGGCGGUCUUGAGCAAGUCUGUGUUAAGUUUCCUCUGAUAGUCACCACAGAUUUACGGUUAAACGAGCCUCGCUAUGCUUCAUUGCCCAAUAUUAUGAAAGCUAAAAAAAAGCCUGUAACAAAACUCACACCCGCUGAUCUGGGUGUUUCCUUCAAGCCACAAAUGGAAGUCAUCAAAGUCACAGAACCCCCCAAACGUGUUGGCGGUACCAAAGUAGAAAGUGUUGACGAACUAGUUGAGAAAUUAAAGGCUGCUGGUUUCACGGCAGUUAGUUAGUUUUGUUGGUACUAUUUCACAUAUUGUGGUGAAACGCAGUUUAGCGUUUUUGUCUACAUUAGUGCCACACACACCGAAAGUAGAAAAAAUUCCGCUCGAUGGAAAUAUCACUAGAAUAAUAUCUUCUCAAUUGGACCGAUAGCAGUGUGGAAAACUCAGUCGAAUCA